AUGUUCCCACUGCUGCGCUGUGCAGCCCUGCUUCUGCUUUGGGUGACUGCUUGCAGUGAGUUUGUCGGUGAAGUUCGCCUCGACCUGGAAGUGAACAGCCGCUGCACGGGCUCCCCCGUCGUGGCCAUACAGCACCCUGGCUGCGAGCCCUCGCCCUGGUUCCCGGCCGUGGUCUUGCAGGGCGACCCUGUGUCCGGGAAUGCCACGGUGGUUUACGGCUGGAGCUCCGACCAGCAGGAGGCCUGGUCGCGUGCAACCUUGGUGCCAUUGGCUGGAGCCACGGCCUACGAUUGCUUGCAGGAGGAGUGGCAGCCAGGCGGCGACCGCGGGCGCGGCUACGAGUUUCGACCCAGCUGUGAGGCUUAUCCCUGCGUCACGGGCUGCAUUGUCUCCACCCCCGACGCCUGCGACGGCCGAAGUCGCCUCGAGGAGGGCGAGAUCUGCACCGUGCCCUGCGCGCAGGAAGGUCUGGUCAAUCUCACCUGCGACGGCCUUGCCUGGCCCGAGCUCCGCCGUGCGCUCUGCACAGCCGUGGUCGUUUAUUGCGACGAGCUCAAUGGCACUGCGCCCGACACUCCGUGUGAGAACCGCGGCAGCACCACCUCCUCCACAACCCUGGCACAAGCAGAUCGCCGCUUUCGGGGCUGCUCCGAGUUGGUGGAGCUUUCCCCUGGCGUGGUUGGCAUGCCUGAGAACCGAAUGGUGUCCGGCGCGUACUACCUGGAGAUUGGCGUGCAGAGCGGAACCGAGGUCGCUGGUUUUGUGGAUGCUUCCUGGCUACCGACAUCCACGGAGCAUCAAUGGCUGUCAGCGCCAGGUGCUGGUUCAGCUGCUGGCCACAUAGGCUUGGCAGUGCGGUUCAUCGGCGAAAGCAUGGCCGAAGUUCGCUUCUCUUGGGAUGGCGUUUGGGGCGGGCCCCAGCAGCUGCAGUUCGACGACCACCUGAUCUUGGUGGUGUUCACCUCAGAAGACACCACUUGGCAUGUUCCUCGCGACUCCUGGCUGCACCUGCCGCCCACCAUCGUCUACAUGCCUCUCACUCAGAGGCAGUUCCCCGAGGUUUGCCACUUCCCUUUGCGCUUCCAGAUGAUGGCCACACCUCCGGUCUGCCGAGAGGGGCUGCUGACGCUGACCCAUGCGGAGGAUUGCGCAGCAGCCGGAUUCUACCUGGGACUUGCCCUCACUCAGGUAGUCUCUGGCUAUUUUCCUGGCUAUCCGGCCAGCUGCUUCUUCUGCCAAGAAUGCGAUCAGGGCGACUUAUACUUCAACAACGCCUCCAUUGAGGAGACGGCUACCGAGUCCAUCCGUCAGGCUCCCUUGGCAGCCGCCCUCUGCUCGGAUCGUGUGCUCCGGGUCGCAACAGAGGCUGAAGGAAACUUCUCCAUGCUAACCACCGAGUUUCGCUUGGCCCGUGGCCGGUGUCGAGAAGGCUACAUGCUGAUCUCGAAUGUCACACUUUGCGAAAGGGCGGCAACAGAGUUGGCGCUUGCCUUUGAUGGCGCGGUUGCGGUGGUCAACUGGCCAAGAGCUUUUGCCAGCAUGGACAACUACUGGCCAGUGGGCUGCUUCUAUUGCCCGCUAUGCGAGACUGCCCACGUCUUCCUCAAUCAGGGCAGCUUGAGCUGUUUUACGAGAGAAGAUGGCACGCAGCGCAAUGCAGUACCCAAGCUGCGGAAACGGCGGCGCGCGGAGUACUGCGGCAUAUCUAACGCAACACAGAGGCAGGAGAAGGAGAGAGCCGACUUGGCCGGAACGACGGCGCAGGCUUUCCUCCUGGGCGGCGCGACGACGUUGGCCCGCGGACCCUCGAUGGGCUGCGCACAGGGCGUCGUGUCCAAUCCGGUACAGCCUGCGGCGAUGGAAUCCAGCAAGUCCAUCGAGCCUGUGCAUCACUCAGAGGCGUCUCCUCUGUCGCAGCCCUCCGCGAGCUUGAAGACAGCGGAGCGGAAGGUGAGCAGCGAUGGCUCACCCAUUGUCAUGGGAAAGUACAAGAUGAGCAUGACCAAGCAGGACCUGAUGGGCGAGGGCACCUCUUCCAUCUGCAGGAAAGGCGUGUGCAUGGAGACCGGCACCGAAGUGGCCAUCAAAGUCUACAAGGCCUUGAAAGAGACCCACAAGGGCGAGGACGUGCGACUCCAAAAGUUCCGCAGGCAAAUCAGCGUGCUGAAGAUGCUGCAGGAGCCGUUUGAAACAGUGUCCGACGAGACGCUCUGGCACCCGCAGCUGGCAGCCACGAAGCCCUCGAAGCUCUUCAUGUCCCUGCUGGACUACAGCAAGGACCAGAGUGGCACCCCGGCACCCGAUCCCAUCGACGGCGUGAUGUACGUGGUCACCGAGUUGGCCCAGUAUAGCCUCAAGGACUACCUGGCCCUCAGAAGGGACCAAGGGAAGAGCCUCUCAAGGGGAGCAGUGAAGAACAUCAGCAAGGCCAUCAUCCUUGUUGUGGCGGGUCUGCAUGCCAAAAACCUGGUGCACUUGGACCUGAAGCCCGAAAACCUGAUGAUGUUCAGUGGCCGGCUGAAGCUGAUCGACGUGGAUGGCUGCGUGCCCUGUGGGAGCCAGGUCUCCAUACAGGACUCCUCGAUCUCCUUCUCCCCCUGCUACUGCGCGCCGGAGUGGGCGCGGUUCCUGAUUGAGGAGACGGAGUCGAAGAUCACCGUGCGCCCGCAUCUGGAUGUCUGGAGCGUCGGGAUGACCAUUUGCGAGUUGGCAACCCUGGAUGCCGUGCUGAAGCCCAUGUACGCCAACUUCCUGCGGAAUGGGCACUCCCACCGAGAGGCGGGGUUCCUCUUCAUGGACUGGCUCGGCAGCAUCGCCAAGGCACCCAUCCCGAAGAGCAUCGAGCGGUUUGAUCCGGCCUUCCACCAGAUGCUCAUCGGCUCCCUCCUUGUGUGUGACCACACGAAGAGGAAGACCCUGGCCCAGUGCCUCUCAGAUUCUUACCUGGAGUCUGACAAGGAGAAGGUUGCCCAGAACUCGACCACGGAGCAGAUGGAGCACACCCAGUCAGAGGCCCCACCCUUGCCGGUGCAUGAGAAGGUGGACCGCACCACCCGAAACCGGAUCGAGGACACCUCCAGCAAAGCGCCCCUCUACAAGGGCACCCUGUGGAAGCUCAACACGGAUGGGAACCCCCAGGACCCGACGCAUUGGCUGAAGCGCGACAUGUGGGUUGCCUUCAACGGCUCUUUGUGCUACUUCAGCAUCAAAGAGAACAAGCGCUUGGUCCUGGUGGACGGCUCGAAGCUCACCGGUGCUAAGGUGACCCCAUUGGUGGGAGCCGCACGCGAGUACGCCUUCAGGCUGCAGUGCUACAACCAAGAUGAGCAUGAGAAGGAUGUGAACAUUGGCUUCUCUGCGGAGUCACCCGAAGAGUACACGAAAUGGACGGGACUCCUUUUGCACACCGCCAACAUGGACGGUGCCAUCCAGACGAUGCGCCUGGGUGGGGAUGUGGCCGCCGAGAUCAAGCAGUUCAGGCUGAAUGUCAAGAAUCGCCGCAUGAAGGUCGGCGAGGACAAGAAAGACCAGUUUGCUCCGGUCUUCAAGGCCAAGUUGUGGAAGGUGAAGGCCGAGGGCGACCGGCGGAAGGAGGAAGACUGGUUCGAGCGCGAGAUGUGGAUCGCCAAGAACGGCAGCCUCGUCUACUGGAGCAAGAAGGAGGACCGUGACCUGGUCUACUACACCUCCGAGGACAUCGCCCGCGCGACGAUCACCUUGAUCCCCAACGAUGACAGCUUCAUCCCCUGGGCUUUCCAGGUCCACCUACCCCCAAUUGGAGAGGUGCAGUUCACGCCCGGGGAGUUUGCCGCCGAGUCCGAGGCGAUGAGGGACUGUUGGAUCGAGGAGCUGAAGGAGCGCGUGGCCGAGCCCCGGUGA